AAAAAUUUCAGUAUCUAAUUAUUAUAUCAUAACUGAGGUGACAUAUAUUGUGUUAUAUACCAUUAUUUUAAAAAUUAAGUAGCAUCUAAGGGGGAAAUUCUCAUUGAUGAUCAGGCAAACCCCGUUCCUUCGAUUGAGGGCAAAGUUAAAUCAACCAAUAAGCCCAUACAUAGCGUAUGCAACGCAUACCCAACUUCCAAUAAUACGAUCAAAGUAUAUACUACGGUGCUUUUAUACUUUUAAUCCCAUACUUCAACAACAGCAAUCCCUGCAGCAGACUCCAAUUAAUAUCCUGCAAAAUACAGAACCAAUAAUCAAAGCAGACAAUCCGAUAUAUAAAGAAAACAAACCUACAGAACCAACUGAAGCACCUGCUACCACUCCCGAAGAUGACACCUUAUGUAGCAUAUUUGAAGGUAUGGAACCCUACAUGGACACCUAUCUGGUGUACACCAAAUUAACUGCCGCGGGGUUCACACCGACGCAAGCAGAUAAAGUGAUCAGCUUGUUAAUAUGUCAAUUGAACUCUAAAUUAUCUAAAUUACCAAGCAAGUAUUCGCAGAAUUACGAACUUGAAAAUGAGCAGUAUUUGUUUGAAAGUGCUCAACAGGAAUUACGGGUCGACAUCACUAGAUCUCGAGAGCAGCAUAUUCAUGAAUUGAUAGAGUUGAUUAAUGUCUUGGAGCGUGACUUCAGUACCAUAACCGAUGAGUUAAAUAGUGAUUUCAUUCAAAUGAGAAAUGAUGCUCAAGUAGCUAUCAACGAUCAAAAGUCGGAGAACACCUUGAAUUCCAAGGGGAUGUUUUUGCGGAUUCAAGAAACAAACCAUAAGAUUACGACGGAAUUGAAUUCAGCAAUGAGAUCAGAAAUUGAAAGUUUGAGAUGGUAUCUUUCUCGGUGGGGGAUCAUUACCAUCAUGAUUUCCAUUUUCGCUUCAUGUACUACGUUUUACAUCAGUAGAAGUAAUUCCGCCAAGGCGGAAGCAAGAAGUGACUUUGCACCAUUGAUGAUAUAUGAGCCUAGUGAGUAUGAAGAUGAAGAGGAUAGCGAUGAUUAUAAUGCAUGAUUGGAUUCUCUCACUGUUUAAUCAUGUACAUAAUAAAGAAUAAUAUUUAUUAGCUUAAUCAGAUAGUGCUCUGUAGCAAUUGUUUUUUUGCUCGCCGAUCUACAAUCCAAUAGUACAAGCGUAAUUAUAUCUGCUCUUCCUAACAACUGUUCAAAAAUAAUAGACAGAGAGAAUAACUAAGCUACGUUUGAGAGCUAUCCACUAAUUUUAUUCCUUGAAAGAAUAAUAACCAACCUUUCGCAUACAAAGAGAACAUGUCCGAGGUCAACGAAACAUGCAAAUCAAAUGCCUGUGCAAUUCAAGAUUGUCUACUUCGAAAUGGGUACAAUGAAUCCAAAUGUACGAAAUACAUAGACGAAUUAUACCUCUGCUGCAAGCAAUUCUAUCAAGAGAAUGGUCCUGAAGCAUCCAGUGUUUGUUGUCCCAAAUUCAACUUACUUCAACUCAAAUUGAAGCAAAGGUCAUUGGGACAAAUAGAUGCUGAGCUAAUAGAACCACGUAGAAGAUAAAACAUGUAUAUAGAAAUACACUGAUUUUCAAAAGAAAAAAAUAAAGAGCUUAAGCUGUAAUUUACAAUGUAUGUUUAGAACCGCGUAGUCCUCCAUUCAAUCCAAAAGACUCGACAAAGCUGGGCUGGUAAAAACAUUAGAUCUAUGGCUUACCCGAGCACGAAGACAUCACAUAGUGAAUAAGAUUAUAUGUGGAGGAAAUAUCACAUAAUCCGUGACUCUAAUGGGCGCCAAUAUUAAAGACAU